AAUUCUGUCAGUCUGUAACGAACUUUUGAGCACGCUGCCAGCUGUUGAGCUUGUGCUCUGUGCUUUGUGGAUUUUGAUCCAAUCCUAUCCUAUCCAUUCCAUUCUUCUCUUCAACCGGACGGACGACGGAGCCUCUAAUCAAUUUUAAUUAUCGAUCGUGCGCGUUUGUUGUAGUUUCCUCCGAACAAUUGACGCGUGAACUUGCUUGCGCCUCGGAAAAUCGCAACCGUGAGUUUUCGUGCGUGCACCGUCUUCUUCAAUCUUAGCAGCGGAAUCAGCAACAGCUGAGCUUUGCUGCAAGCGUGGGGUAUCGGAUUUUGUUUUUGGUUUUGUUUUCAACUCAAGUCGUUGGUUUUUCGGUUUAUUUUUUUGUCUGUUCGUCUAUCGAGGAAGCUGCAGCACAACAACCCAUGGUACAUGUGAACGAAGAAACUGAAACGUAUAGCAGCUGAGCUGAGCGGCAGGAAGGAAGGACGGAAGGAAGGAAGGAAGUUUGAACCAUCGACACGGAUUGUGGAUGCAUUUCUGGCAGAACGAAGUUCACACCAGCCAAUGUUAGGAUAGCCGCAGCAUCCAUCGAACAGCGAAAAUGAGGUCCUUGGUCUUACUUUUGGUUAGCACAUUUUGCCUGGCAAAGUUUGUCAAAUCUUACGGCGUUUCGGAGCAUCGCGUUGACUUCAUCAAAACCGUGAAUGGUCAUGAAUACAAUUAUCAUUACCAUGACGGCUCAGCUCCCCGAUUUGAAAAACACAUCAAACGAUCCCACCGACAGCCUACGCCCGCUGCUCCUUUGCCCAUCUUCCAGCACCCUGCGUUGGUCCUUCCGCAGCAAAGUAAACAGCCACAGCUAUUGGUGAAGCCCGUGGCCACUAAUCGGCCAUCGCCUUACAAGCAACCCUAUCACAGCAAAUUCUUUCUCUCGUCGGCAAACCAUGAACAGAUCUAUGCCAACGAAUUCGACGCCCUGCCGGGAGGAAACGGAAUUUACUCUUCCUCCGAUAAUAAGCUGCACUCGAUCCACGGGAAUCAGCCGAAGAAUCCAAUGCGAGCGAUUGUGGUUCCCGAUGAUGAUGAUGAUGACGACUACGAGGACGAAGAUGAAACACCUGUGAGAAGGCCCGAAGUUCGCCUCGGAUCUCCGAAAACUAACACCGGAUUCUACAGUACUCCCAAUUCGCUACAAAACUUGCAAAUAGGACACAAGUUUCAGCACGUUAAAAUUCCCGUUCAGACGCAUCAGAACAUCAAAAGCGUUUCCGGAUCGGAUGAAUCCAACUACGUACCCCGAGCUGGCAGUUUCUUCUCCAACGUCAGCAAUCCAGCGACGCUACCCGGAUUCCACUACAUUGCUGGAGGAUUUUCCUACUACAACAGACAUCUGAGUCCGAAGAAAGAAAAGCCUUCGGAAACCUCCUCGUAUGUGACUCCUGACUUCCUGACCACGAGGAAACCCUUCACGACUACCGAGUCCUACCAGAGGCCAGACUUCCUGAAAGUCUACAAACCUUACGUGACCCCAGACUUCCUAACAACUAGGAAACCUACAAUUCCAACCCUAUUCCCUACAACCGCAAGACCCCCGACCUCUCCAACGUCACCUGCAACUCCUGCACCUCCCUCGAAAUACUUCAUCCAACAACGGCCCACGAAGCACCCGGUACCUCCCCCGAGACCUUACCUGGCUCCGGAACUCACAACAACAGUGCGAUCCUACGUCGCUCCAACCAUUCUGCAGGAACAGAAACAACAGCUCAAGCUCCACGAACAGGCUCUCAACGCCCAAAGGACGAGGCCACAAUCGGGCGAUGCCCUGUCGAGAGUGACCGCAGCCAACGGUGCCAGCCGCUUCCGAUAUCUAGCACCUGCCAGCGAAUCCACUCCGGUCGCCCAGAAGCAGAGCGAGCUCUACGAACCGGAGUUCGAUAUCGACAUCCGGAUCGAUUUGUCCUCGGAUGCGGCCUAAAGGUCAAAUCUGUAGAUAAUGCGCAUAACGAACUUCCUCAUACGUGAAUGCUUGCUUGCCUGCCAUCCGAACUUCCCUAUGAAAUCAAUCUACGAUCAAGCUGAUCCAGGAAAGCAUUCAUCCCCGAGGGGGAGCAACAUACUGCCUUAUUUUUGUUCUAGCCACUAGUGUUAUUCUAUGAAGUACAUACAUUUUAAUUUAAAUCAAUUGCUAAACAAUAAUGAAAAAAAAAAAAAAACAAAACAAAACAAAAGUCCGAAAAUAUUUGGAAUAAAUUUAUUAAACCUAAA